GCUUGAUUAAUACUCAUUCAUAUCUUUGGAAACAAGUGAAGCAGCAUGGUGUAACCAGACCCCCUCCCCCACCCCUGGUGUAACCGCGGACCGUUCAGCUGUCAUGUGACCGUGAAGGAGGAAAUGGUGUCUCCGAGAGAAACAUUCAUACUCGAAUUCGUGUCAAGAUGCCAUUUUCAAGCAAUGAGAAAUCAGCUCGUCACAGAGCAAAGGUGAAUGCUGAUCCUGUUGCGAGAGCCAGAUACCUGGCAAAAAGAAGAGAGAGCUAUCAGCGAAGGAAGAGGGAAGGAAAGACAAAACUUUCUCCAGUCACCGAACUCUCUAAAGCAAAACAGGAUGAACUGAGGCAGAAAUGGAGACAUUACAAGAGAAGUCACAGGAUGAAGAUUCACAAUAUAUCACUGCAGUCCUGCUCUGAGCUAGAUAUGAACUCUGAAUGGCUGCAGAAUUUCGCUCCAUACUCCCCCGGUAGUGAGGCUGAGGAAAGCAAGGAGGUUCCUGUGAGCAGCUACAAUGUGGUGAAAGAGGAACCAGAGACUGUGGAAAUCCAGUGGGAAAAUGUGAACUCACCACCACCAGCGGUGUCUUCUGAUUCAGAGCCGAACAACGCUCAAAGCAGCGCCAUUUCAGUGACACCUCCUAUGAUGGAAAAUGUACCCUGCAGUGUUAAACUGACCAUGACCAAGCUCCACUGUCUGCUGGAAAGCAAACAGGAAAAGAUUGAAUCUCUGGAGAAACAGGUACAGGACCUACAAGAGGAUCGCAAGUUCCUCCGCUCACAGAUCGAGAGCCUCACCAGAGCUCUCACUAUUCAUGUCAGUCGGGGGAUUUCAGAAACAACAGAAAAAAGUUAACUGGUAAACUUCAAGUCAGAACUCAAACUAUUACUGCACAGACAAUUAAGACUAUCUGGUUAUCUUCAAACAAAGCUCUAUUUCGUUCUUCAUUUGAGAGCAAAACGAAGUUUGAAAUGGCUGAGUGAGGGUAUACUGUUUUCGAACACUCCAACACCCCCGUGCUGCAGUGGGUGGGGUUGUAAAGGUUCAAUUUAAGUUUAUUUAUAUAGCGCUUUUUACAAUAAUUAUUAUUUUUAAGUAACAAUCUACAUUACAAUUAGUUGAAAGUUACAAUCAAAUAUAAGUUAUAUAUAAACAUAAGAGGUGAUGCAGUGGCGCAGUAGGUAGUGCUGUUGCCAAACAGCAAGAAGGUCGCUGGUUCGAGCCUCAGCUGGUGUUUGCAUGUUCUCUCUGCGUUUGCCUGGGUUUCCUCCGGGUGCUCCGGUUUCCCCCACAGUCCAAAGACAUGUGGUACAGGUGAACUGGGUAAGCUAAAUUGUCCAUAGUGUAUGAGUGUGAAUGAGUGUGUGGAUGUUUCCCAGAGAUGGGUAAAACAUGCUGGAUAAGUUGGCGGUUCAUUCCGCUGUGGCGACCUCGGAUUAAUAAAGGUACUUAGCCAAAAAGAAAAUGAAUGAAUGAAUAAAUAAACAUAAGGUGACAUGCUGUGCAAAGCGACAAUGAUGGCUGCUGAGAGAGAAGAACAGUGUUGUACCUGUAGGCAUUUUUUUAAAAUGUAUUUUAAUUUAGUUUAAGUAUUACUUGUUUGUCUUUUGUUAUUUUUUUUAUUUAUUUUGUGAAUGUCAUAAAGGUGCGUUAAA